AUGGCGUCAAGGAUGGCAACGGUGGCGAUGGCUGCCUUCCUGUUCUGCGCUCUCUUUGCUUCUUGGACGACGACGUCGGAAGCGGCACGCAUGGGGCGGCAGACGACGGGUGAUGAGGUUGCUGUUGCCGCCGCUGUCAACGGAGGUGGCGGAGGAAGCGGCAAUGUGGCCUACUGGGAGAGGCAGCAGCUCGGCCUCGUCGUCGGCCGUCGGCCGAGGCUCGCGUCGUUCACGCCGCGUGACGACGGUGCUGGCGGCAACAAGAGAGAGGUACCCUCCGGCCCGGACCCCAUACACCACGGCGAUUCGCCGCCCACGUCGGCUGCUCCGACGAGCCCAUAG